AUGUCAUCCAGUAUGAAUGGUGGAGACCACAACUACGAAGAUAAGCAUGCGGGGAAUUUUCCAACUUGCCGUAUUUGUAUGCUGGAAGGAACGUCCGAUAAUCCGUUGUUCCAUCCAUGCAAGUGCAAAGGCUCCAUCAAAUAUAUUCAUCAAUUAUGUUUGAUCGAAUGGCUACAGUCAAAACAUGUCGAUGUUACAAAACCUGGUGCAGGGAUGGUAUGUUCGAUUUGUAAUCAUCCAAUCGCGUUCCAAACUUUGUAUGAUGAAUCAAUGCCAGAGAAGAUCCCACUUCUACUUCUUCUGAAACAUAGCGUUUUCAAAAUCUUUGGCAAAUUAAAUCACUAUUUCAAAUUCACAUUGAUUGCGUUCCUUUUCUUCAUUGGAAUUCCCCUGUCCUGGAAUAUCUGGGGGAAGCUAUAUACGGCUACUGUGGAUGAUUUUUCAUUUCCUUCAAAUAACAAAUGGUAUAUCAAUUUGAUUUAUGGCUUUGAAAGAAACAUACCAAAAAAUCCAACAACUACGGAUAUUUUAUAUCAACUAGUGAUAAAUUACAGAUUUUCGUUGUUACAAAUUCUGAUGGUUUUGAUCGUGCAUGCUAUCGCAUAUUUACAAUAUGAUAUGGUAGUCAGAGAGCCAAUUUUCAAUAAGAUGAUCUUGCAUAAGAUUGGACCAAGAUUUUCAAAACAAGAGCUGGCCAUGCAGUCAUUAAGAGAAAGAUUUCCAAAUAUGGAUCCAAAUGAUAUAAGCAUGCUCAUAAAUGCCCUCAAUAGACAACGACAAGACGAUCCAAAUGAAGAUGAUACUUCAGAAGACGAACAAGAACAGAACAAUUUCAUCGUAAACGAAAAUAAUGAUGAGCCUCAGCUUGCCAACUAA